UACAAGAGUUUUUCCCGCUGCGGUGGAUGUUCCAGAGAGCCGCAGUGGACAGAAUGAAGUUCAGAAAUCGCACAGGUAAAUACAACAGUGCUCAGAGGACACCCGUAUAGUGCACACGUCACCUCCUCCGCUCCCUCCCGACCUCCUCACUCAGUAGAGACACCAGCACUCACGCCGCGGCAGACAACAUGGACGCCCUUAUCAGUGACGUGAAGCCCAUGAGAAUUCCACGACCCAAGUUCUGCUGCGCCAAGUCCACCCUCAUGUACCCCGUCGAGCCCCCGAAAGACUACCUGGACCUCGAGGGCGACCACCACCUCCUCCUCCAGCAGCCAGCGCGCCAGCAGCUCAAGGGGAGCGUGGAGGGCGGGGUGGCGCUGAGUGCGAGCCAAGUGGAGGAAUUGGGGAGGGCCUUGAAGGAGAAGGUUAAGGUUUAGGGGGAGUGUGUGUGUGUGUGUGUGUGUGUGUGUGUGUGU